UGUUUGACCAGCUGAUUCCUCCUGCAUUCUUCCAGAGUUUCACAUCUCGCCUUUUCUUUAGUAUCUCCUAAAAUUACCUCUGUCUUCUGAGGGUCUCUGCAGAAGGGUCCACAUUGUCGUUUCUCCAGCUCUGACAAACACUGCAGCCAGUGCGAUCUGUUUAGCACUCAAGUCGGACUGUAUUUUCAGUCCCCCAGCUUGGGAUCCCGAACUGGUGUGCAGCGCGAUGAAGGAAACGUGUCCUUCCCCAGGAGUCCCUUGAAGGACACAUUGCCAAUGCAGGAAGUCACUGGAUGAGGACAGCCCAGCUGAAGUGAAGCUUUCAGGCCCAGUGAUGGCUGUGGCCUCGCCUCCACCAGAGCCUGAAGACAUCCUGAUUGUGAAUCUGCAAGAGGACUCUUGGGGAUCAGACUCCAAACCCCAGAAGGAGGCGCAUGGCCACGUCCCUGGCCCCGAGGUUUCCCGCCGGUGUUUUAGACAGUUCCAAUACCAGGACGCAGCUGGACCUCAUGAGGCCUUCAGCCAGCUCUGGGCUCUUUGCUGUCGUUGGCUGAGGCCUGAGAUCCGCCUCAAAGAACAGAUCCUAGAAUUGCUGGUUCUGGAACAGUUCCUGUCCAUCCUACCCAGGGAGGUGCAGACCUGGGUGCAGGCACGACACCCUGAGAGCGGGGAGGAGGCUGUGGCCCUGGUGGAAGAUUGGCACCGAGAGGCCUGGGCUGCCGGGCAACAGGGACUGGAGCUGUACACUGAAGACUGCAGAUCAUCCGGAGCAGUUCAGGAACAUCAGAACUUCCAGCUGCCACCAGCGGGUCACCGCUCUGAGGCACAGCGCCGGAAACAGCGGAAUACACAUCCUGACCUUUCCAGGAUGCCAUCUCAGCCCUUGAAAGAGAGUGCAGUCUUCACACCCCAGGCCCCAGCUGUUCCAAAGAUGGGGAGCACUGGAGAUUGGGAGGUGGCAGCCAAGUCCCAGAUGGCCCUGAACCCUGGUAGAGGAGCCAAGGAGGACCCCACAGGAGAUGACCGUGGGAAUGGAGUUCCAGUUUCAAAGCCAAGUGUCACCUCCCAGCAUGAGCGAAGACCAGAGGAUUUGGACCUGAGCCUUCUAAACUGUGGGAAUGGGAGCCCUGCAGAUCAUAGUGUGGGCAGUGAGCCAAACAAUCCAGCCGAGGCCUCAGCCCAGAAGGACUCCAGGGCCUGGGAGGAACAAGGCGAUGGGGAGGACGUGAAGGUGUCAGGUGUACACUGGAGCUACGAGGAGACCAAGACCUUCCUGGCAAUCUUAAGUGAGUCUCCUUUCUUGGAAAAGCUCUGGACUUGCCACCAGAACCGCCAGGUGUACCGGGCUAUCGCGGAGCGGCUGAGGGCACGGGGCUUCUUGCGGACUCUGGAGCAGUGUCGCUACAGGGUCAAAAACCUCCUACGGAAUUACCGGAAAGCCAAAAACAGCCACCCGCCAGGAACCUGCCCUUUCUAUGAGGAGCUGGAGGCCCUGGUGAGGGCUCGGACGACCAUCAGAAGAGCCACCAGCGGGCCAGGAGAGGCUGUGGCCCUCCACAGGCUGGGUGACAGUGACGCUGAGAUGGAUGACCAAGAGGAAGGGAGCUGGGAGCCCGAGGAGGCCACAGAAGACUGCAGUGGUCCUGGCCUGGCUGCAGAGGAGUCUCUUCAGGGUCCCAGGAGUGCAGGGGGUCCAGCUCUGCUCCAAAGCCGCAUUGCAGGUGUGCACUGGGGCUUCGAGGAGACCAAGGCCUUCCUGGCAAUUCUCAGUGAGUCCCCGUUCUCUGAAAGGCUUCGCACCUGUCACCAGAACCGCCAGGUGUACCGGGCUGUUGCAGAGCGACUGUGUGCGCUGGGCUUCCUGAGAACUCUGGAGCAGUGUCGCUACAGGUUCAAAAACCUUCUUCGAAGCUACCGAAAAGCAAAGAGCAACCACCCACCAGGAACCUGCCCCUUCUAUGAGGAGCUGGACUCACUAAUGAGGGCUCGGACUGUGAUCAGGGCCAUGGAGAUGGUAGAAGAAGCCAGAGGUCUUCCUGGAUCUGGGCAGAGUGGUCCUGAGCCUGAGGACCAAGGGGCCUGGGCUGAGAUGGAAGAUGAAGAUGCCGUUAGACUUCUGACUCCACAUCCCCAGACUCCAGACACAGGUUUUGAGUUGAAGCAUAUGGAUGAAGACGGAAUUUCAGAGCAGGAUGUUUUUGGGGAUUUGUCUGGAGCAUUCUCAAAGUAUCCCACAGACGCCAUUUGCCAGCCCCGUGCCUGGGGGGAGGACAACGAGGAUGAAGAUGAAGGGCAGCGGCGGAAUGCUCUCCCGUGGGAAGAGUGUUCCUCUGAGGAGGACUUAGAAAAGCUCAUCGACCAUCAAGGCCUGUACCUCACAGAGAAACCCUACAAAUGUAACACAUGCAUAAAAAGCUUCACUAGGAACUUCCACUGCAUGGCCCACCAACGAACCUACCUGGGUGAGAUGCCCUACAAAUGUCCUGACUGUGGAAAAGGUUUUAGUGACCGCUCCAACCUCAGUUCCCACCAGAGAACCCACAGCGGGGGAAAGCCCUAUACAUAUGGGGAGUAUCGGAACAGCUUCAGACAGGGCUCAGACCUCCCCGAACGUUGGAGGCUCCACUCGGGAGGAGCUCCUGACCUGUGUCAUGUGCCUGGGGAGGAAUUGGACCACAGCCCAUCUUUCAGUGCUCGCUGGAGAAACUCUGCAUGGGAGUUACCCAAACCUGCUCAGGAUGUCAGCGUGAUAAUCAGUUCUCCUGGGCCCUGUCACCCCACCUCAGGGGAGAAGCUGUACCCGUGUCCUGAGUGUGGAAGGCGUUUCUCUAAGAGCUCUGCGCUCACCAGUCACCAGAGAAUCCACACGGGCGAGAAGCCGUAUGAGUGUGGAGAGUGUGGGAAGAGCUUCAGUAAGGGCUCUACCCUGGCCAACCACCAACGGACGCACACUGGCGAGAAGCCGUACAAGUGUGCGGCCUGUGGGAAGUGCUUCAGCGAGCGCUCCAAGCUCACCACCCACCAGAGGAUCCACACGGGGGAGAAGCCCUACCGGUGCCUCACAUGUGGGAAGUUCUUCCGCGACCGCUCCAACCUCAUCACUCACCAGAGAAUCCACACGGGCGAGAAGCCAUACAAGUGCAGCGAGUGUGGAAAGUGCUUUAACCAGAGCUCCAGUCUCAUCAUUCACCAGCGGAUCCACACCGGGGAGAAGCCCUACAAGUGCACAGAGUGUGGCAAGGACUUUAACAACAGCUCCCACUUCAGUGCCCACCGCAGAGCCCACGCUGGGCGGAGAGCACUGUAGACCGCACCUCCUCCUGAUCGAAGAGCAAUAAUGCGUGUUUAUGUCUCAUUAUUACUUCUAAAACAUGUGAGAAAGAAAGCGUCCAAUGUCUAAGCUUGGUGUAUACUUAGAGAUGUUAUCUUGGUAAAUUUCAGGUCAUUUAGAUGUGUUACACCUACAGGGAUUGUGAUUUGGAGGUACUUGUCAAGUGUAAUCUGGUUUGUCUCCCCUCACCACCACCAUCACAAAACCCCUCUAGAAUCGUUAGGCUGUCCUUACAUCUGUCUCUCGAGAGCCCAGCCGGUGUGGGAGGCAGAUGGGUGGUGUAGGGUUAGAGUUAAAUCUCUGACCCAGCGUAUUGACUCUACGUCCUCGCUCUGCUUCUCACUGUUCUACACAGGAGAGUGGUCCUUGGUAGUAUGCAGCUGGGGCAAAUCCUUACGGAGAAAUCUUGGGACUUCAUGCUGAGAGCAGGCAUAAACUGAGGACCGGUGCCUAGGGCACUCACUGCAGGGUCAGCAGCAAGCGGGGCAGCAGUGGCAUCGUGGCAGAAUCAGCAAUAAGAGCAGAAAUAGCUGUGCAUUGAACAUUUGCUCUUGAGCAACCCGUAGCAGUCCUGCUUCCCAGAGUAGAAAACAGAGGGCUGGGCAGGUUGGGUGACCGCAUUGAUCACACAUCUGAAAGUGAGAGGCAGAAUUCGUCCAGAUGCAUGUGUCCCUGGAGUCUGGGCAACUGUGCGCCUCACUGAGUCCUCUGACAGGGAGGCAGUUAACUAGUAAUCGGAUGGCAAAAUAUGAUGACCAGUGAGCAUCCCCCCUCUAACGAAUACAGAAGCUGAGAGUUCCUGCCCAUGAAAGGAGUUGGGAUGUUCAGAACUGGCGAAGCCCUCUGUGUAAGGCUGAGCUGAUGGGCAGGAGUCCCGCCUUUAGUCAUGGGUGAGAGACGGAGGUAGGCUGAGACUGCUGUGUCUGCAGGGGGAUAGUGCUUUGGUGAAGAAGUGGGUCCGAGGGUCCUUCUUUCAGGUCAGUCCUGCUUCUCCUAGGUUUAUAAGCCUUGCCAAGCAGGCUCCCCUCCCAUCCCCAGUCACUCCUGCCUUUUGGUCUCUCUGACCCAUUUUCUUCAUUUUCAGUCCCGAUUCCAAGACCGAGGUGGAAGGCGUUGACGCCUUGUCCUCCUCAGAGAGGACUUGGGAAUGGUUCCGUAUUCUAGGUUCUCAGCACCGGUUCAGCUGGUGUCCCCUUGUCCCAGGCUGCUGAGUGUGGUCACCCAGACCAGCGACUCACACAGACAGGUCAAGUCACAGAGGUUCAUGCACAGUGGUUUUGUUUGUAACACUUUGGCCUCCAGAGUUUUUCCUUAGAUGGGUUUAAAAGUGUUGACCAAGGGCCUUGUCUUUCGUGGAUUUUAAAGGAAGAUGAGUUUCUUACACCUGUGUGUGACCUUAUGAUGCUGUUCAUAUCCCAAUUAUUUUAUGGCCGUGGGAAGUAUUGAUUGGAUAAUAGCUGUGGAGAACUUGGAAGACUUGAACUUUUUCUUUGCAUGUGAAAAGGGGGGUGGGAGGCCUUGCCAUUCCCACUAAGGAGGUCACUCCCUAGCCUUUCCUUAGUUCCAGAACCCCUUCCCAGGAGCCAGUCCACCUGAGGCUACCUCCUACCUGCUCUUUCCAGCUUACCUUCCCUGGCUUAUGUCUGAGAAGCAGAGGUCAUGGGAUGAUCCCUGACUAGCAACCAGAAAAUGCCAAUAGCUGCAUAGAAAGAUAUAUAGAAUACUCUGGGUCCAAUAGGAGGGGUUGUGAAGGAGAGAAGAACAUUCUAGAGAAAGUUACCAAGGUGUGAAAUAGCAUGGGUUUCAGGUGGAGGUAGAAAUCCAGAAGGUUUGUAGGGGUUGGGGAUGGGGGUGGUGGCAUCCAAGAUUAUUCAGGUGCUGGGGCAAGGCCAUUCUAGAUGUAGCAACCCCCCCUCCCGGCUUUUUCCUUUCGCCAGUUGGAAGCUUAGCUGGGUGGGUCCUCAAUGGUGCUAAUCUCUGUCAGUUCCAGCCUCUCUUCCAGCACAUGCCUUAGCUGUAACAUUAAAUCGCCAAGUGCUUUUUUUUCUCUCUUCAAA